CAGCUACAGUAGCAGUGAAUGCUAAGAGGCUAACCGGGUCAGAAUGAGCGCGGCGCGGACAGUGAUGGCUUAUACAGCCGCUCUAGCUGCUCUGCUAGCGGGGUGCGCUUCCUGGUGGAGCAUCUCACCCGGAGAGGACAGAAACAAACAAAUACUGCAGAAGCUGCCGGAGUCGAACCCGGACCGGAUGGAGGAGAGCAGGAAGAGAAACGCUGUGAUCAUGGAGCUGCUGAAGGAUGCGGCUCAAACCAACGAGAACGUCGCUCGAUCCUUCGGCCCCCAUAAAUGAGCUGGGUUCACGUCCCAGUACUGAUCACAUCUGUAAUCCAGGAGGGUUUAUGUUCAGAUUUCUCUUUAUUUAUGUGGGAGUGACUGGAACUCUGAGAUAAUAAAAAUAUCUGAAGUCUGAGAUGAACAGACACAUGAGAAGAUAUUUGGGGUGUUUUGGGGCGGGUGUGGUGGUUAUUUAAUUUAAAUUAAACCCUUUAAGAAUGAGGACACUUUUACAGAAUACACACAGUCAACUUAACAUGAAAUAUUUCAGUAUAAAUUACAAACCUGACUGUAUCAGGCUGCACAUCUGUUUCAUUAUGUUGUUAAUAAAAUACAUUGAUUUGUUCUGAACAUC